AUGUCCAAUUUGACAGGACGAGCAAAGACUUUGGCCUUUAAGAUCAAGCUUCACGACCCAAACGUGUUUGAGUCGUUAGAGACCUUGAAGUCUCGGCUCAAAGAGACGUUUGAGCCGCCGCGAGCCGAGUUCAGAGCACGCUCUGCGCUCUUGCGGCUCAAGCAAGGUAAGCGUGAUGUGCUCGCUUAUGCACAACACCUGUGCUACCUUGCGUGUAGCGCCACGGAAUAA